AUGACCAGAGUGGAAGCUUUAAGGGACAUAAACCUUCGCUCCCUGCUGAGGGAGCUGCGGACCGAUAUUGCUAUGGCUGUAGACGACCCUUUCCCUCUCGUCUACGGUUUGGUGGACAAGAACAUCAUCACUGACCAACUACUGAAGGACACUCUAGAGAAGGAAGGCAGAGAAGGGAUCCAUAAGGCCAUGUACUCCCUCCUGACCUGGGUCCUGGAGCAGAGCAGAUCUACCAUCCAGGCUUUCUGGAGCAACUUGUCCAAAGACUACAACCUGGACAGCUACCCCAAGCUACAGACGCUGCUCACGAACCUGCACUCCAGACGGGAUGAUGCGGGUUCCAAAGCUGAGAAGAAAUCCUCUGGAGGCCACAAAACAUCUCACGUCAAGAAAAGGAGCCAUGAGGACAGAGAGACAAACUCACACAGUGUUCAGGCCGUGUCGUCUUCAGUCCAGAUACCCGCCCCUCUGUCUUCCUCCUCCUCCUCUGCCUCCUUAACUGAGCUGCCAGUUGGCCCCAAAUCCACAGAGAAGAUCCACAUCAAACAGAUGCUUGGCUCAGAUGUAUCUCUGAGUGUGUAGGGUCAAUAUAACGAUGAUGAGUGUGCGGUGUGUAAGGAUGGAGGGGAGCUGAUUUGUUGUGAUGGCUGUCCUCGAGCUUUUCAUCUGACCUGCCUGGACCCUCCACUUACAUGUAUACCAAGUGGCACUUGGCAGUGUGAAUGGUGCUGUGGAAACAGAGUGAAAAGAGAGAAAGCCCAACUUCCUUUACAGCCGCGGCAAACAAACACAAGCUCCAGUAACUCCAUCAUAGACGUCCCCUUCUUCUCCUCGCUGUCAUCCUCGUCUCUCACCAGCGUCACAGCUUCUACAAAUGAGCCCAGUGGCAGAAACCAGUGUUCAGGUGGAGAGCUGCACAGUGUGAGGGAGGUGUGUGGAGUUUGUCACCUGGGAGGAGGAGACCUGACUCCCUGCCUCCAGUGUUUGCAGCACUUCCACACACACUGCCACUUUUCCAAAGGGAGAUCCAUCUGCUUGUCUUGCUCCAGGCCCUGGGGCAGCUCUGCAGAGAGGGAGGCUGAAUCAUCCAGAGGCUUACAGUGUAAUAUGAGUAAUCUCUCCCACGUGUGUGUGUGUGUGUGUGUGUGUCUUCAGCUCACCCCAGUGGUUCAAAACACAAUCAGUCAUGAUCAGAGCUCCUCUGUCACUGAGCCCGUCCUCCAUAAAGAUGAACUGGACUCCAUCCUGGGAGAUCCGGGCUCCAUCGACGGCAUCUUGCAGUGGGCGUUCCACAACAUCUCUCGACCUCUUCCAGACUCUCAGGGAUGCUACCAGUGA